AUGAUGGUUUUUGUUUUCGUUUGCAGUGAUGUUGUUACGAGGACAAGACCAUUCAGGAAGACGUUGAUGUGUCCUAAGCUCAUACCAAAGAGAUUAAACAAUGUUAGAAUGAGAGUAAUGUCUGAGGAGGAAGGAGAUGUGUUCUCUUCUUCCUCCAAGAGUAAUGGAUCAAUGGGGAUUGAGUUGCAGCCGGAUCUGGUUUCUUUCGGAACAUUAGCAGCAGAGAUGAUUCCCACAACGAUGGUUUCAUCUGAAGUUGAUGAUGAAGAGUUUGAUCUUGAUCGUCCUACUGAUGGGUUUGCCUCUAUUCCACAAGCUAUUGAGGAUAUUCGUCAUGGCAAGUUGGUGAUUGUUGUAGAUGAUGAGGAUAGAGAGAAUGAAGGAGAUUUGAUUAUGGCGGCAUCGUUGGUGACACCUGAAGCUAUGGCUUUUGUGGUGAAGCAUGGGACUGGAAUCGUAUGUGUGAGUAUGAAAGGAGAAGACUUGGAGAGGUUAGAGCUUCCUUUAAUGGUGACUCGAAAGGAGAACGAGGAGUUUCUCCGCACAGCCUUCACUGUUUCUGUGGAUGCUAAGAACAGAACAUCGACGGGUGUCUCAGCACGUGAUAGGGCACAAACAAUAUUAGCUCUUGCGUCGAAAGAUUCAAAGCCUCAAGAUUUCAAUCGUCCUGGUCAUAUCUUUCCUUUGAGAUACAGAGAAGGCGGUGUUCUUAAAAGAGCAGGGCAUACAGAAGCUUCUGUUGAUCUAACUGUGUUAGCUGGUUUGGAACCAGUUUCGGUUUUGUGUGAGAUUGUAGAUGAUGAUGGUUCCAUGGCUAGGUUACCAAGACUCCGCCAGUUUGCUCAAGAGAACAACUUGAAAAUCAUCUCAAUCGCUGAUCUAAUCAGGUACCGAAGGAAAAGAGAGAGACUGGUGGAGUUUACUGCAGUGGCGCCUAUACCGACAAUGUGGGGACCUUUUAAAGCAUAUUGCUUCAAGUCAUUACUUGAUGGAGUUGAGCACAUUGCAAUGGUUAAAGGAGAAGUGGGAGAUGGGAAGGAUGUUCUGGUGAGAGUACACGCUGAAUGUAUCACAGAUGAUAUAUUUGGAAAUGGCUCUGGUGGAAAGCAAUUAGCGAUUGCUAUGAGACAGAUUGAAGAAACUGGGAGAGGUGUGUUUGUGUACUUACGUGGGCCUGAAGCUAAAGGCAUUGACCUAACCCACAAGCCUCGUACUUACGACAACACUUCAGAUCAACCCGAGGGUGUUUCAUUUCCUGUUGCUUCGAGAGAAUACGGCAUUGGAGCACAAAUACUGAGGGAUCUUGGAGUUAGAACGAUGAAGGUGAUGACUAAUAAUCCAGCGCAUUACGUUGGCCUUAAAGGCUAUGGUUUAUCAAUCACUGGUAAGGUUCCACUCGUUAGUCCCACCUCCUAA